AUGGUUAACUUCAACUUGCUAUCAUUUUUACUCUAUACUCUCAGUUAUAUAUCUGUUUCACUCACACAGUUUUACACUGUGGCGGUUGAGCCUGGACAAGAAAUCACACUGCAGUGCUCCAACUUCAGCAGUUUUGCAACCCACAUAUUCUGGUUCAGACUGGCCGACAGACUCAAUGCCAGUCGCAUCUCUUUUAUGUUGACUGCUAAUAGUCGUGUUACAUUCUGUGAUGGAUUUCAAGAUACUAAAUUUAACAUGACAUCCAACACCUCUGUGCUAUUUCUCAAAAUUAAACAAGUGGAUCCAUCUGACUCUGGGUUAUAUUUCUGUGGAGAGUUGCACAUGGGAAGGCCAAGUGUUUUCACUGCAACAUAUUUGAAGGUUCAAGAAGAUGGGUUAACCAAUCUAUCAACUCUGAUCCUCGGCAGUUUAACUGUUUUUCUUCUACUGGUCAUCAUUGGUCUGGUUGUUAGCAUCAGGAAACUUCAUACAGCUCAUGACGAGAUGCAGAAUUUGCAACACAGUGAGAAUGCAGAGUCUGAUGCCAUGAACUAUGCAGCACUGAGUUUCCAUACCAGAACAAACAUGAGAAGGCCUCCACCACAGAGGGAGCUGGAGCCAAAUGUUUUGUACGCUGCUACGAGAUAG